AUGAGCAAUUUCGACGACGUGCAGAACAAGUUCUACAACGACUUGCAUGCCCUACUAGCAACUGUACUGAGGUCGGACGAACUGAUUGUCUUUGGUGACCUUGAUGCCGGCGUCGGCACAAACCAUGCUGCCUGGUAAGAGUGCUCGGUCGUCAUGGGAUCGGCAGCUGCAACAUCAAUGGCCUUUUCGUCAAACAGGCCUGCAAGGAACACAGCCUUCUCCUAAUCAACACCAUUUUCCGUAUCUCAAUGAAGGCGACGUGGGUGCACCUCCGUUAUCAUCACUGGCAUCUGCUGGACAACGUCCUAAUCUGGAGGUGUGAUCAGCAUUACUUGCUCGUAACUAAGGCGGUGUGCAGUGCUGACUGUUGGGUCAUCGCCUGGUCGUCUCCAAGAUGAGGCCCCAACUGCAACCGCGCAGAUGACCGCAAAGUUAGUUAAAUACUGUACUUUUUAAUACGGCCGAGCGUCCGUUAGAUCUUAACAAUUAUAUUAACUCCAAACUGGAAGGAAUGCAAAUCUUAGGGGCGCAUCCCAAUGUCAGAACCCAGUGGAGAAGGCUGCAAAAUACCAUCCAGGCAACCGCGGUGGAAGCCCUCAGCUGCACACGCCGUCAGCACCAGGAUUGGUUUACUGACGAAGAAGCCCACCUUCUCUCCUAGAAACACAGUCUGCACGCGACCUACACCAUCGAAAGCAACAAUACCAAUCCCAUUGUCAACGUCUGGUACAGUAGAGACUGAGGAAGAGGUAGAACGACUGACUGACUGCACCACUUCUGAGCGCAGAUAAGCGACCUUCGUGACGCAGAAGUCAUGGAUUCUGGAGUGCUGGGCCGCGCACUAACAGGACGUCGACAAUAUGCGAAGCAAUCAACCGACUUUUUCAAGUGGACAACAGUCACGACCUCAAUCACCCGCCACCUCUCCUUGAGACAAUUAAAGCAGUUCAACAGCUUUCCAGUGGAAAAGCACCAGGAUCAGAUGCAAUUCCAGGCGAAGUCUAGGACUACGGCGACCCACAACUCGUAGAAAAGCUUACCUCGCUAUUCCAGGAGAUGUGGCGACAAGGAUACACCUCCAGAACCUCAAGGCUGCCAUCAUUGUGCACAUCUACAAAUACACGGAUAAGGAAGAGGAAGGUGACAAUCACAGAGGCAUCUCCCUUGCAGCAUCGCAGGAAAAAUGUCCUCCGUGCUUUACUCAAUCGCCUGAACGCGCAUCCGGUGUCGGGAUGCCUUUAAUAGAAGUGGUGCGGAUUCCGAAAACACCGCGGAACCACAGACAUGAUCUUCGCGACCCGCCAACUGCAGGAAAAGUGCCAGAAAGUGAGGACCAACCUUUACACCGCAUUCGUCAAUCUGACGAAAGCUCUCGACAUGACCAAUCCCGUGGACUCUGGAGGACCAUGAUGGAAUUCGAUGUCCAGAAUUAUUUACUCAACUGGUGAGAUACCCUCAGGACGUGAUGAUGGCUCACGUCACGGACAACGAGGUAAUUCCUGAAGCACUCGCGGUGACUGAUGGGGUAAACAGAGCUGUGUCCGCCCCACCCCAUUCAGUGUCAUGUUCUCCACCAUGCUGAUGGACGCCUACCUUAAGGAGCAGCCGAGGAUCGGCAUCAACUACUGAACCUAAACGCGUCUUUAAGAGUACCCACUGUGCGAGGAUGACUGCGCACUAAAUACUACAACGGAAGAGGACGUGCAGCAGUGUGGAGCUCCUAGCCUCCGGCUGCUCCAACUUCGGCCUGACCAUCCGCACUGAGAAGACAAUGGUCAUGCACACGCUAGCGAUAGGGCUGACUAUGCCAAAACCUGUAUCAACGUCAGUGGAACUCAUCCCACAGCAGUCGGAAGGUUCGCGUACCUUGUAAGCACGAUUUCAAGAGGCUUAAAGACUGACAACGAAAUCUCAAGUCGGAUUUUAAAGGCCAGUAAAGCUUUCGGUCGGGUAAAAUCCUUCGCCUGGAAUCGUCGCGGCAUCCUACUUAACAGAAACUUGAAGAUGUAUGGGGCUGUUGGCCUGACAACCUUCUUGUACGGGGCGAAGACGUGAAUUGCUAAGGAAGGCCAAGCAAGAAGACUCGACCCUUUUCACCUCAGGUGACUCCAAGGAAUACCGAAGAAGAGGUAAGAAAGGAUCCCAAUGAAAUCCUGGAGGGAACCGACGUCAUCGGCUUAUAAACUUUGGCCGGAAUCGCGUCGGAUCCCGGCGUUGUCCCGCUAGAGAGUUAGUGCACGGCUCGUAUUGUUUCUGGAAGAGAAGGCAGGAGGUCCAGGUAGUCGUUUGUUUUCACUUGAGGGUGCCAGUCGUUGGCGACGUCGGAGAUUGUAGAUGGGCGACUGAGAGGGCUACUCAAUUGCUCAACCCAGCGCUUCAGAAUCUGUGAUUUCUUCGCCAGAAUCUUUGUCCCAUCGGAGCUGAGAAGCGGUGAGGUUUCUUUGGUUGGGGGCCGUAAAGCGCCUCCUUGUGUGAGGCGAAGUUCUUUGUUUCAUUGUGAUCAGCAUACUCCUGGAUUUCCUUGGCCUUGCACGUCAUUAAGUCGCUCUGCAUCUCCCACAGUCGUUGUUGAACGAGGCGGCGACAUUGGUAGAAGACGACUUUGCUUACACAGGCACGAUGGUCAAUUUGGGCCUUGUUAAUCUUAUGCUUUUCGGUGGGCAGGUUGUCGAUGUCUGGGUCGUCGUCUAAACAGUCCUGGUGUCGGCGACGUGCACGUCCGAGGACACCCAGAGCCGUGAAUUGGAUGGUAUUCCGCAGUUGAUACCACCGGGUCUACGCCGUGACGUUGUCGUCCGGGGCCGGCAGUUCUUCCAGGUGCUGGGCUAACUGAUUACCGAAAUGUAGGCGGUGAGCAGGAAAAUUCAACAAAACAGUAUAUAGCUUGUGGCCGUCUGCUAGGCUGCAGAUGGAGCUUCAUCUUCGGGAUGACAAGACCGUGAUCCGUCCAUCCAUCAGUGUUGCAUAUCGCCUUAGUCACCAGCACGUCCUGUCGAUCCCACCUCCGGAAGGGAACGUAGCCAAGUAGCUGCCAGCGCCGCGAUCGGGGGUGCAUCCGGGUCACCUUCUUCCGCACCGGAAGGCGAAAGAUGGUGUUCUUCACAGGUUCGUAGGGGAAGGCCAUUGUCGUUGCAGCCGCCGAUCCCGUGAAAACCCAACACCCCCUACAGGCAGCGCAGUCCGUCUCGACGCGCGCAUUAAAGUCGCCAAGGACAACCAGCUUGUCCGCCUUCGGCACAGAUGUCAGGAGUGCGUGCAAAUUUUGUAGAAUUUGUCCUUCGCCUCAUCAGAGCUGGCCAUUGGUGUGGCGUAGGCGCUGAUGAUGGUGGUGAAUUGGGAUCCCCAAAGAGGCAGACGCCGGCUCAUCAGUCGGUUGUUGAUGUCCCGCAGCAGACAGAGCAGUCGUCCCACGAUGUCGUUCUGGAUGGCAAAGGCGACGCCUGCGUCACAUCGCUCUGUCUUUAG